AUGAGGUUGCAGCUACAGGGACUGCAUUUACAGUCCUCGUCAGGUCAAACCCUCCGACCGGCGGCGCCGCCAAUUCCAUGCCGCGGUGCUAGGGCCGGGAAUUACCACCGCCGGCGGGUGGCGGCCUCCGCCGCAGGGCCGCUGGUUUCAGAGCUCGAUUCUCCGAUCUCUCGCAGGACCCUCGCCGUCGGCGGCGCUCUUCUACCGCUCCUCCUCCGGCCGGUCCCGUCCAUGGCUGAGGACGAAGACCAGCCCGGCGGCGCCGCCUGUGGACACGGAGCUCCCACGCAGAAGGCGUUUCUGGACGUUUCCAUCGACGGUGAACCCGCCGGCAGAAUCGUCGUCGGCCUCUUCGGCGCCGACGUGCCCGGCGGCGCCGCCAGGUUCGCCGGCCUCGUCUCCGGCGCCACCGGCAUCACCUACCGCCGGAAGCCCUUCAUCAAGAUCAUGCCGGGAUACAUCCAGCACGGGGGCAUCAGAGCGGGAGAACCCGGCGCCGCCGCCGGCGGCGACCUGGUUGCCGAGUGGGAGAAGAACCGGGGGAGCUGCCGGAGGACGAAGAACGUGGCGGGCUCUGUUGGGAUGAUCGUCAGAGACCCCUCAAAGCCGCCGCCGAAGCUGAAGCUGGUGGCACGGAAGGGGAAGCUGGAGAUCGACGAGGAGGAGGUGGGGACGGGCCCCAACGGGACGGAGUUCGUCAUCGCUACCAAGGACUCGCCGGAGCUGGACGACUCCACCCUGGUUGUCGGCCGGGUCAUCGCCGGAAUGGAGGUGGCGGAGCGGAUCGCCGCCGUGAAGACGGUGAAGGAGAACACCGCCUCGCCCUACUUCAGGUAAUCCCGCCGCCGCCACUCUCCAUGAACGAGAAAGAUCAUCGUCUUCCUCCCUUUAUCUGAGAAAACCAGAGGGAUCUGUGUUCAGGGUGGCGAAGCUGAUCGGCGACAAGAGAGCCGUUGUGGCGGAGAGAGGCUUCAACCGGCCCUACUCCAAGGUCGUCGUCACCAACUGCGGCCUCCUCGACUGA